AUGGCAGCGGCAAAGGUGGCUUCGGCCAAGGCGUCAACGUCCACUCUACCCAACGGCACAUCGCAAUCGCCAAAGAAGACUCUUCCAAAGUCACGGCCAUCUGCUGCCUCUAGCACGCCUAACGGCAUCGACGCCACUGGUGCACCUUCAGCUUCCACUUCGGCACAGGCAUCCUCCUCAUCGACCCUCCUAGGCAAAUACAUGGACACAUUGACUAAGCACAACGCCGCCUUCACCUCGCUCCUUCACCUGAUUCCACCCCAAUUCUACCUCACCCGAGAUGACGCCGAAGAUCUGGCCGAAGACAGCGUCUCUUCCAAAUACAUGAAGAACAAGCGCAAAAAGGCAAAGUCAGAGAUCGAGGCCAAGGAACGCAAGGAGAAGCUGCGAGAGGCCAAGAAGCAGAGGCUCGAUCCGGACAACUUUGCCACCGUAACCGACAUUCAAGCCGAACGCGCUGCGGCCAAGGCUGCUCGUGAGGCCGCCGAGGCAGACUCGGAUCUCGACAUGGAUGUCGAAGGUAUGGUGUCCGUGGACGAUGAGGAAGACGAUGAUGACGAGGAUGAAAGUACAUCAAGAGGCGGGCCCAAUGGUGCUGCAGGUGAUACUGAUGAGGAGAUGCAAGACUCGGAUGUUGAGGAUCUUGCCGUCAAGCCGGCAGCGGGUGCCGGUACCGGUGCUGGCGCCGCUGGUUCGGCAGUCGCUGCACCGAAGCCCAUUCAGACCGAGGGCGAACGCAAGGCAUCUAUCGACGCGUUGCGCGCCAAGUUGCACGCCAAGAUCGCCGGAUUGCAACGCAAGCGAGGUCUCCCCACCGAUGCCAACGACGAUGCUUCGGAGGACGGCAGCAGCGUCAUCAGCUCCAAAGACGAGCUUUUGGAAGAACGUCGCCGUCAGCGAUUCGACGCUCGCGAGCGCAAGAAGCAGGAAAAGAAAGACGCAAGAGCCACAGCCAAAGCCGCGAUUCGUGCCAAGCGUGCCGGCGUCGAGAAUGCAGCCAACGGUCAGAAGUCGAGCAACAGCUUCAACGUCGGCACCAAAGCACCGGCACUGUUGGUCGCAGAGCCAGGCUACGGCGACAACAAGCGGAACGGCGCAUCCGCUUCCGGCGCCUCGAACAUCGACGUCAACGGCAACUCUCUCAACUUUUCAUCGCUCAACUUCAAACCUGUAGGUGCUGCAAGUGCGUCGCUACCCGAUUCGUCGGCAAACGGCAAAAAGAACAAGCUGGCGCUGCCCUCGGACCCCAAAGCGGCGCUGCAAGUACUCGAAAGCCGCAAGAAGCAAGAGGAGGCGCGACGAUCCAAGCUUGCCGCCAAGCUCGGCGAUGCGCCCGACGCGCUCUCCGCCAAAGUAUCCGAACUGGACGAGCAAAAGCAGUGGGACAAAGUGCUCGCCUCCGCAACAGGCGUCAAAAUCCGCGACGACGAGAAGCUGCUCAAGAAGGCGGUCAAGCGCAAAGACAAGCAAAAGGAAAAGUCGAGCAAGGCGUGGAACGAGCGACAGCAGAACGAGACGCAAAAGCAGGCGGAUCGUCAGAAGAAGCGCCAGGACAACAUCGCUGCCAGGAAGGCUGCGAAAGGUGGAAAGCACAAGAAGGGCUCUUCGUCGACGUUGUCAAAGUCCAAGACACCAGCGGGUAAGAAGCCCUCGUUUGGCAAAGCCAGACCUGGAUUCGAGGGUAAGAAGAUUGGGAGGUCCAAGAACUGA